AACUAUUCCACGUCUAGCAAAGUCUUAGUUACAUACUCUUUAGUCGUGUGUGGGUACGUUCUUCGUAUCUUGACAGGCUCACUGUGUGUGAAUAAUCAUAGUGGGACCAUACCCGUCAACUAUCCCGCAUUAGGCGGGAGGCUCCAGAUUCUGGAGCUGGGAGUAGUUUAUCGCGAUCUGUGGUAUCCUUCGUAGACUUAUAACUUUCACCUUGUUAGAUCAAAAUAUUUGUUAGGGGUUUUAGUCUGAAAUUUUUAUUUUUGAAAUUUGCAAUUCAAAAAGAAGCAAUGAAGCAAAAAUAAAUGAACAAGACCAACCCUGAUAACAUGAAAUUUUUCGUAGUUUUAGUGAAUUUUGUCGCAGUUUUUCGUACAGGCAUUGCCUAAUCUCUCUCUGUGUUUCCUAACAAGAUAUAUUCUUGAAAUUUCUCUUUUCCUUAACUAUUAUUGAUUAUAAAUUCUUAUAUAUUCUGCAUGUUUGGAAUAGCUUUUGUUAUCUCUAGUGUAACAUCGUAGUUGUUUAGCAUAAAUCAGAUAGAGAGGAUAGAUAUUCUUCUGAGAGCACCGGUCUAGCAAAUCUUAGUUUACCUCACUUUAUCAUUUGGUGUAAAGAAUCAUGCAAAAAUAUUGUUGUGCAACAAAAUAACAACACUUUUCAUUUUCUUUGUUUGAAGUUACAUAUAUACACCAACUUCAAUAAAGGUUGUCAGCGCAAACGGCGAAAGGCAAUUGCCAAAUGGCAGUUCUACGACCGAAAGAUACAUUGUGUUUUCACUAUCUAAGAUCUGGGGCACUGCUAGACAUUAGGUGUUGCUACUCCCUUAAUAUGUCCACGUCAAAUGCCAUAGUCAAUUGAAUCAGCGGAGUCAACAAUUCAUCAUGUGAGGGAAGAUCAUUUUGCGGCUUUUUAAAGCCGUCGCUCUGAUGGCAGGCAGGUUCCCAAUCAAUAAAGAGUCAGAGAACUUCUCAAGACUCUCGCGUCUUCUCAUUGAUGGAGGAACAGAAGCGCUUAGAAGCGUGUUCAGUCGGCUCCACCCUUCCCUUAGUGCUUCCUUGAAACGCUACGAAACAACCCUGUGUGACUUAUGGAAACCUCCAAGAGGCAAAAAGAAGAUACUCUAUGAUAGUCAGUGGUAUAAACUAUACCCAUUCACUGGAUCACCAAGCCUACAGGAUUUUGACAUCACUCUUCUUUUUGUCCUCUUGAGGAGCAUUUGUCCCUCCCUGUCGCCUCCUGCUACAGGGUGGGAUACAUUGCCGAACACGACCGAUAACUCUCUUGAAGCAAACCUUGUUAGAAUCAAGUUCUACAGGAAUGAGCUAUAUGGGCAUAUCAAUGCUGCAGCUUUUAAAGAUGUCGAGUUUGAAGACUACUGGACAAAGAUAUCUCUCCCUCUCAUCGCUCUGGGCAUCAGUGCAGAUGAAAUAGACAAACUUAAGACACGCCGAUCAGGAGCUACCGACUACGCAGCAUUAUUUGAAGAAUGGAAGAAGGCGGAUGUUGACUUGCUCCGAGAAAUACGAGACGUGGGGAAUGUUGUAGUUCAGAGUGUUAGCAAGGAAAUCCAGGAUUCGGAGAAGAGUAUCAGCAAGGUGAUCCAGGAUUCAGAGAAGAGUAUCAGCAAGGUGAUCCAGGAUUCAGAGAAGAGUAUCAGCAAGGAGAUCCGGGAUUUAGAGCAGAGUGUGAGAGAAGAGGUGAUCAGAUCCAUCCACGAAGUCUGCCAAAAGCUCGAUGAUGUGACGAACAAAGACCUUGAUGAGGCUGAAAGGGUCGAGUUUGCAAAACAGGAGAAAGUGGUAAAUAGGUGGAGGAGCUGUCUUAUAGAAGAGUACACAUCUGGAGAUACCUCGCAAAUCACCCCGCUGCCCUGGCUUGAGUUCGAACCUCAUUUUUCUCUCGAAAAAAUGUACAAAGAGCCUGACGUUACUGCUAAAGACGGCUCAAAGGUGGAAAUGGGGAAUUUGUUUGAGUCAGGGCCAAGAAGGAAAACCCGCAGAGUCCUCCUUGAAGGGAACCCUGGAGUUGGAAAAACGUCGUUCUGUAAGAAGCUCGUCAACUCCUGGGCACUUCUCCAGAACUCAGAACCAUGCGAAUCAUCCUUUCCGGAAGACAUCAAAGUCGUAUUGUUGCUGCAAUGUCGUGAUUUAGUAGAUGUCAGCGACUGGAGAGAUGUUAUCCGUCAUGCGAUCCCCGAUAAUUAUUCAGAAGGGGACCAGGAGAGAAUCAUCAGAUACAUCGGUGACAAUGAAGAGCACAUCGCUUUCGUUCUCGAUGGGUACGACGAACUCCCGAGUUGUUCAAAGGGACCACUUGAUAUGAUAAUCAAUGCUAAGAAAGUGCUAAAACAAUGCUAUGUCAUUGUCACUAGUCGCAUGAAUCAGAUACCGCAAGAGUUGAAAAACUGUUUUGACAGGACACUUGAAAUAAAGGGAUGGGAUUUGAGCAAUGCUGAACAGUUUAUCAAGGACUACUUUAUCUCAUCUCCUGAAGUUGCCGAACAGCUGUCGUCUCUUGUUUUCCGUUAUCAUCGCGUCUUGCCCUGGGUGACAGUUAGACAUUCGCAUGACCUUGUUUGUAACCCCCUCCAUACUGCUAUGCUUUGCUUGGCCUUUGAUGACAACAAAGAACGUCUCACUUUACAGACAAGCAUAGAUAUCACCACGUUGUACAAAGAUAUCUUUUUCUGCAUCGGUAGAAGGUACAAGGCUGGUAAAGGCCUAGACGUCAAGGAGUGUGAACUUGAAAGCUGGAUGAAUGAGAAUCUUUUACUGUUGGGAAAGUACGCUUACAAAGCACUUUUGGAAGAAAAGUUAUGUUUUACGGCAAAGGAAUUACCACAAUUUCUUGCUGACCUGGGUAUACUGUUCAAGAACAAAGCAACAAAGAAAAUCCGAUGUACCGAAGUCACGUUUUCCUUUGUACAUAAAUCCCUACAAGAUUACUUGGCGGCUUUAUUUAUUGCGAAUCGCUUGGCAGAAGGUGACGCGAGUGUAGUUGUUUCUGGCGUUUUAUUGGGUACAUUAAUAGAGUAUGAUUUGGCCUCUAUGAUUGGUCCAUACAGGGCUUGUGUUGCGGUCAAAUGCCUCGCGCAGAUACUAAAAGUAAACGAGCUAAUAUAUGAUAGUUUAUUAUAUUUGAUUUGUGAAUGUUUACACGAGUUAAAGUGUGGUGAUCAAUGCAUUCCCGAUGACGUCAUCGACCUACUUCCACAGCAGAUUCAUAUCGGACCUGAAGAUAUGUCCUCCAAGGCUGUAUCCGGUCUGUGUUACUGGUUGUCUUACCGACCUACAAAGGACAAAGUGCUACGUGGACCUUCUGCUUCUUCGAGUCGUGAUAAUGCAGGUGGCACCCAGGUGAAUAAGAUCUCGGGUAUUACAGAGCUACGGCUAUGGUUGUACGACAGUCAAAAAGGACUAGUAGAGGUCUUGACAGGUAUCAAGGAGUGCGUGUCCAUAAAAACUCUAGAACUAUUAGGUUCGAAUUUCGAAGACAUCGCCGAAGACAUCGCAGCUGUUAAUGAUGCGUUGGCAGAUUUGCUCUCACAUAACAAUGUGAUAGAAAGGUUAGUUUGCCAUCCAAAAAACCUGAUUGGCGGGGUCAUUAAUGCUCUUCAACACAACAAAUCUGUAAAGAUCCUGAAGCUUUAUUAUAGUUCUGAUUAUUGUUAUGAUCUCCACGAGCAUGAGGAGGUUGCGAAGAUGAUAACACAAAACAAGGUUAUAGAAAGACUCGAUUUGAGCGAAUUCUGGAUUGACGGCGAUGUUACGUAUUAUGUACUUGAUGCAAUACACAAAAGAACGUCACCAAUGAGAUUGAGCUUUAAUAUGAAAGUUACUUCUGAUGAGUUGCUGAUGAAACUUGCAGAGGUGAUAGAACACCGUUCAUUGAUAGAAGAGCUGAAUCUGAAGAUUAGUCGUAGCCUAACUCAUAAUGCGUGGAGUGACUUUGCGAGGGCUCUCUCUGCAAAUAACUCCAUAAAGGCGUUACACCUUUCUAGCGAAGAGUAUAACCCUGAUUCUGGCUUGAUUACCAAGGCAUUAAAGGAAAAUACAUCAAUUAAGAGAUUGGACCUUUAUAAUAUUGCCAUGGAUUCUGAUGUUGCAGAUUUGUUUUCAGAAAACAAAACAAUUGAACAAUUGAACAUGAGACACAGUAAAUUUGAUGAUGAAGGUAUAGCUGCUCUCGCCAGGACACAGCUACACAAACCAUCACUGAUCGAUUUAGAUCUUUCGUCGAAUCAGAUAUCAAGCAAAGGUGCUAUUGCAAUUGCAGAGAUGCUUUCCAAGAACCAGUUGCUAGAAACAUUCAGAUUAUGCCUUUAUCAAAUCGGAGACGAGGGUGCAAUAGCUAUAGCUAACGCUUUGAUGACAAAUUCUACCCUCAAGAAACUCGAUCUUGAAGGUAAAAACAUCGGAGACGAGGGUGCAAAAGCUAUAGCUGAGGCUUUGAUGACAAAUUCUACACUCAAGGAACUCCAUCUAUAUGAAAGUAAUAUCGGAGACGAGGGUGCAAUAGCUAUAGCUAACGCUUUGAUGACAAAUUCUACACUCAUACUUAUGGCAUCAGAGCCGUUGAGUGCUGCUGCUGCUCUCGCCGACAUGCUUUAUUAUAUCACUGAGCUAAAGGUUUGUUCUCAUAAUGGUUAUAUUAGAGAUGCUGUAGAUAAAAGAAGGCCUCAAGCAGCUAUUGGCGCCCUCGAAAUGUGAUUCCAUAUCUCAUCAGCGAUGUACCGCCUAAUUAUUCAGACUGGACUUCUAUGCCAACACAGUGAACCUCUAUCACAGGCUUACCAACCUCUCAGUCAGUCUCCAGUCAAUCCCAGUAACUAGCUCGAAUAUUUUCACGAUUGAUCACAUCCUGUAAUUGUCCUAUAACUGUCUUAUAUCCUAGAAUAAAGGUCACAAAAAACUCUCGUUGCUUUGUGAUGUGUAUUUAUUUAGAAUAAGCGGUAUUUCUAACGUUUAAGCAGUUGAGGGAUUGCGCGUUAAAAAUAUUCGAGCUAGUAACUGGGAUUUACUGGAGACUGACUGAGAGGUUGGUAAGCCUGUGCCUCGAUACAACGAUACGGCAAUACAGUGGAACAUCGAUAUAACAAUACGGCAAUACAGUGGAACAUCGAUAUAACAAUACGGCAAUACAGUGGAACAUCUAUAUAACAAUACGGCAAUACAGUGGAACAUCUAUAUAACAAUACGGCAAUACAGUGGAACAUCUAUAUAACGAUGUGGCAAUACAGUGGAACCUCGAUAUAACGAUGUGGCAAUACAGUUGAACCUCGAUAUAACGAUACGGCAAUACAGUGGAACCUCGAUAUAACGAUAUGGCGAUACAGUGGAACCUCGAUAUAACGAUAUGGCAAUACAGUGGAACCUCGAUAUAACGAUACGUCAAUACAGUGGAACCUCGAUAUAACGAUAUGGCAAUACAGUGGAACCUCGAUAUAACGAUAUGGCAAUACACUUUGGAUUCGUUUGCCGCGAGACCCCGGGAUCUAAGGAAACCACGCCCAUCGGUUUGACUGGCAUCAGGGGUUCCAUUCCCGGUCACCGGGGAAACCACUGGAGAAGAACCAUGUCUAGCCGUGUGUGGGACGACACAUCCAUUAGGCUUUUGUUUUCUGCUCAAGAUUACAAGAAAUGUAAUGUAAAUGUACUCCGACUCACAAAAAGCCCUGAAUUUUGAUAAUAGUGAAAUAGUAUCAUAUCGGAAUAAAGAGCGCGAAAGAUCAAAGUUGUGACACGGAUAAGUGGACUAUGAUACAGCACGCAUUUAUCCCUGUCAAGUCUCUGUUCUAGAAGGGUAUCUACUCCUGACGUCCUUUUCUAGAGAGAAGAUUUCUUAUUCGCUUUGAAAGCCUUGCAACUGAUACAUGAUACUAACAGGACUUAGCCUGAGAUGGCUUCUAGUUGGCGGUUGGACUCUAUUAUCUGUUGUAGACAUCAGUUAGCCUUUAGUUGUUGGUUUGACUCUUUUAUAUCUAUUGUAGACAUCAGUAAGCCUUUAGUUGGCGUCGGACUCGAUUAGCUAUUUACGGCACAGGCCCGUAGCCAGGAUUUUGAGCGGGGGUGUUCGUUUACCCAUAAAGCGGAUCAUUUUCUCUAAUGUAGCUCAUCCUACCUCGUAGUGGUAGUUGUAGUAGUUUCUAAAUAAGAGCGGAGCUUCCAGUAGAGUGGUGGGUGGGGGUUCUUCCAACGCCCCGAACCCCCCCCCCCCCCCCUCCCUCCCUGGUAACGGGCCUGCGGCAGCCAGUACUCAGUACGAUAAUAGAAUUAUUAUUAAGUGUAUCGAUUGGAUUUUUCUGUACUGCGAUGUAAAUAAAUAAUUGCUGUUGUUGUUUAU